UGACAAGAAAAUUCCUGUUAGUAAGAUUGAAUGCUACAAGACUGAGAACACCCCUCCACAGAAAUCAUAGUACAGUGAGUGCUUCUGCGUCAAUCGCACCAAUCUGACACGAUUGAAGAUGGCUACGCGAACGAAAUUAGUCUACCAGGAUCAGCAAGAGCUUCGUGAAUACACCAGCAAAGUUCUCUCAAUAAACCCCGUCACAACACUUCCAGAAGCAGACCAAGCUCUGAUCAAAGACCCAACUGAAAACGAUCAUGUCCUAAUCACAGACGAAACAAUAUUUUACGUUCAAGGUGGCGGCCAACCCACCGACACCGGCACCAUCACGGAUUCGAAAUGCAAACACACAUUUGAAGUCCAAUCCGUACGCCAUCCCGCAACAGGACAUCAGAUCUUGCAUUUCGGUCGCUUUAAUCCCCCUACUCCAAUCCCCUUCUCAGUAGGCGAUGAAAUCAAGCAAAAUAUCGAUGCAGAAAAAAGGGAGCUUUACUCGCGUCUGCACACCGCAGGUCACGUCCUCGGCUUCGCCAUCAACCAACUAAGCCGUGAAGGCGUCCUCCCCUCAUUAACAGAAUCCAAAGCCUCGCAUUAUCCCGACUCAGCAGCAGUCGAGUUCGGAGGUCUCAUCGACGGCAAGCAUAAAGCAGCUAUCCAAGCAAAGACUGAUGAGUUCGUGAAGAGUGCUGCGAAGGUGAAUAUCCAUUAUUGGCCACUUGAGGAGUUGAAGAAGAAGUGCACGGGAGCAGAGGACUUUGUGCUGCCGGAUGGAGAGGAGUUGGGGAGAGUGGUGGAGAUGGAGGGCAUGGGGAGUUAUCCGUGUGGGGGCACCCAUGUGCGGGAUUGUAGUCUGGUGGGGAAGAUCGAGGUGAAGAAGAUUUCGAGGAGUAAGGGCGUUAGUCGGGUUUCUUACAGGGUGGUUUGAGCGGUUGAAGAAGAGCGGCUUUAUAGAAUUCUUGCUGGGGAGGAGAUAUGACAAAGCUCAGCUGACGGAAACAUAGAUUGCGAUGGGCUCAGAGGGAGUAGAGGACAAAACAUAGAAUUUGCAUUGAUAUUUCGAUAGC